CUGAGUUCAUGUUUACUUCUUGUUUUUAUUUUAGGGUCAAACUCCUGACUUCUGUGGUUCAGCAGUGAAGUUUUUGUUGUUUUAGCUGAAUUAUCAGAUUUAAAAAAAAUAGAAAAGACGCUGCAGAAAAAUCUGUCUUUUCCGUGUUACUUCCCCUUUUUUAUAAAAAAAACCACAAACAGUUUUGAGUCGACGGCGAUGAAACAAAAGAGGAAGUUCAAAUCAGAGCGACUUUCAUCAAACUGAAGGUCGGAUUCUGUUCUGUUUUCACCAGAUCGACGGAAGAUUGAGAGCUCAACGGUUCAUUCGUGAUCCGUUGAGCUGCAGGGAGGAAACACGGCUGCUGUAAACGCUCUGUUGACCCGCAUCUAACUGAACGUUUCUGAUUUAUUACGGCUUUAGCUGGUUUCUUACACUUUCACCUGGUUCUGAAGGUCCAACCGCUCAUCCCUGAUACAGAACAAGCCAACAUACGUCAUCAUGAAGGUCCAGAUAGUAAAAUCUGGAGGAAACUUCCUGACCUUCAGAGUGAACAAACUGUGAUGCAAACACUCAAGAAAAUGAAGCAAAACGACCUGUGACAGCAGCCAAAUCCUCAGACACGCAUUGAGGUGCCUUUCCUCCCAGCGUUCAUGAGACGACGGCGAGGAAGGAAACCAAACUCCCACCGAGCUUUGUCAGCAGAAAACAGAGGACUGGAAAAACAAGAGAGUCUUUAUGGAGCAGAGAAGCCUGGAGGAACAUUCCUGCUGCCUUGUGAUGCUUCUUAAGAUCAGACCAUGUUGGCUUCACGUGUGGAGGCGGCCGUGACGCAAACGGCACCCUGAGGUGGAGGUCCAGGCUCGGACGUGAAGGGGAUCAGUGUGGAGGUUUCUACACAGAUCACAUGAAGGGACUGAAAGGACCUCUGCUGAAGAGGAAACUGCAGUUCAGUCGCACCGUCCGCCUGUACUGCUCCUUCGUCACCAAAGAGCUGCUGCUCAACAACCAGAAGUACUCGUUCUGGGAGGAAUACAUCGUUCCUCUGGAGCUGGAGAGUCCGACUCAGAUCUCUCUGGUGGACGAAGCGUCUGGAGAGAAGGAAGAGGUGGUGGUGACACUGCUGCCGGCGGGUCACUGUCCCGGCUCCGUCAUGUUCCUGUUUGAGGGUUGCCAUGGAAACGUGCUGUACACGGGGGACUUCCGGCUGGCGGCGGGAGACGCGGCGAGGAUGGAGCACCUCCACUCCGGCAGCAGGGUGAAAGACAUUCAGAGCGUUUACCUGGACUCCACCUUCUACGACCCGCGCUUCUACCAGAUACCGUCACGGGUGAGCCGCCAUAUUACUUCCUGCUGCUGUUCAACCGGGCCGAACCUCAGGUGUUUGUCUCUACAGGAGGUCUGUCUGAAGGGCAUCUCGGAGCUGGUGGGGAACUGGAUCAGCCAGAGUCCGUACCACGUGGUCUGGCUCAACUGUAAAGCUGCGUACGGAUACGAGUACCUGUUCACCAACCUGGGAGAAGAGUUCGGGACGCAGAUCCACGUCAACAGUCUGGCCAUGUUCAAGAAGAUGCCGGAGAUCCUGAGCUACGUGACCACGGACCGCGGCGCCCGGAUUCACGCCUGCCGCCACCCAAAGGAUGAGGAGUUCUUCCAGGGGAACCGGCUGCCGUGCGGAUGCUCGGCGCCCGACGGGACUCCGCUCCGCAUCAUCAGCAUCAAACCCUCCACCAUGUGGUUCGGAGAGAGGACCAAGAGGACCAACGUCAUCAUCAAAACAGGGUCCAGUUCUUACCGAGCCUGUUUCAGCUUCCACUCCUCCUACUCCGAGCUGAAAGACUUCCUGGCGUACCUCCAACCCGUCCACAUUUACCCUAACGUGGUCCCGCUGGGCCGCUCGGAGACGGAGGUCACGCAGCUGUUGAGCCGGAUGUGCCGGAGCCGCUCCGAUCCUUCAGCCUUCAUCUACAAACCUCUGGGAGUCCUGAAGCGCAGCGUGGUGCAGCGGCCAGCCAGCGACUCUGAGAGCGACAGCGAGCUGUUUGAAGGUUUGGACCUGGUACCGGUCAGGAAGAGGAUGGGUCUGAACUGUGAAGCAGGAAAUGAAAACAUUCCUGAGAGAACAGCGCCCCCUGCCUCUGCGCCGUUGCCUCUUGCGGUCGACAGCUCGCCGUCUGCUCCUCAGAACUACUACGACUGCACCGAGUCCAACGGUGAAGACGACGAUGAAGAGGAGGAGGGAAGAGGAGACAGCACUGCGUCUGAGGCGCCGAGGUGGGAGGAUUUCUUCUCUGCAGGGACGCUGACCGACAGCCAGAACAGCCAAUCGGAGCCAUGCUGCUCUGUCACAAGCCCCGCCCCCUCAGCCGCCACCGGCUCCCAGACUCCAGAACUAUUCAGCGACGAAGAGGAAACCCCAAAUAACGAAGACUUCAGCUUGACCCUGUCGGCCUCCACGUCCGCUCAUUCCUCACAGAACUUGGAGUUGCCCGACACGGUGAUCCUCCGGCCUGAGCGAGCCGACGCCCACCACAGUGAGACCGACCGACCAGAGGAGGCGGAGCUAUCCCAGGCCUCGUCAGACUUUGACAUUCCCUCCACGCCGGAGUCAAAGGUGCUGAGACCAGAGGAGCUGUCCCAGCUGUACAGGAAGUUAGCUUCAGGAGAGGAAGUGAUGGUCAGGAAAGGAAGUCAGGGCUCCGUGUGACGAGACAUCAGGAAACCAGCUGCUCGCCGCGCCGCCAACUUACAGUUCACAUGUUCUCUGCAGAACAAGUACCGUUUGGAGCUGCAGAACUUUGAGUUUCUUCUCCAGACACCGUCUGUGUCUUCAGUUCAUGAACGUCCUCAGAGGAAAAAACUGUAGCAUUUCAUCAUAAGAUGAAAGUGUUUCUGCUGCUCCUGUUAACUCAUGUUAACUUCAGUUCACUUUAACCGCACAGAAACACCUGUUUCCGUUAACAGACACUUUGUGGCUUUUUCCAUGAAAUGGAUCAACGUUUGUGUUUCUUCACAGAGAAUAAAACAUUUAUUUUUUACAA